CGGCCGCGGCAGAGCUGGCACGACGAGUUCCCAGUGUGUCACCCUUGGGCGAACUCCGAGGUUUGCCCACUCCAGCUCCGCAGUGGCCGCUCGUCCGGUGCAGUGCGCGGCGGGCGACUCCCGGGGAGUAAGGGGGACAGGGAACGGCGCUACGGCCCGGCCCGUCCCCGCCUCAUCGGCCCGCUCCGCCCUGCUCUCCCCUAAGAGCCCACUUGAGCCCGGGCGUGGCCCGGAGGCUCUGCCGAGGUCCCUGCCUGUUCCCGUUCACGGACCCGCGCUGCUCGCCAGCUGCUGGCCCGCCGAAAUCGCGAACCUAGUCCCCGGAUCCCCGCGCUGAGAGCCAAAGUCCUGCUAACUUGUGACCAGGUUUAUGUGUUUGUGCCUAGUGGACAAGUUAUAAAAACAUAGAAAGAAUGGGCCCAGGAGACAGGGUCAACAAUGAAAGGCAGGAUCCAGGCCGGCGGCCCUGAAUCCUGAUUGCCUCUCUGCCAGCGAGACACAUGUGGUCAAAGAUGAAUCUGAGAAAAGUAGCUGCUCCCUACUUGAACUAUGGAAAAGCAGUGUCACCAUGAGAUGGAAGCCACCCCAUCAGGUCGUCACUCCCACAUUAAGCUGUUGAAGAUCAACAGAGAACACCUGGUCACCAACAUCCGUAACACUCAGUGUCUGCUGGACAACUUGCUGAAGAAUGGCUACUUCUCGGCCGAAGAUGCAGAGAUCGUGUGUGCUUGUCCCACACAGCCUGACAAGGUCCGAAAAAUCCUUGACCUGGUGCAGAGCAAAGGCGAGGAGGUAUCUGAGUUCUUCCUCUACGUGCUACAGCAACUCGAGGACGCUUAUGUGGACCUCAGGCUGUGGCUAUCAGAGAUCGGCUUCUCUCCUUCCCAGCUCAUCCGGAGCAAAACUAUCAUCAAUACUGACCCAGUAAGCCGGUAUACCCAGCAGCUUCGACACCAGCUGGGCCGAGACUCCAAGUUCAUGCUGUGCUACGCCCAGAAGGAGGACCUGCUGCUGGAGGAGACCUACAUGGACACGCUCAUGGAGCUGGUAGGCUUCAACAAUGAAAACCUGGGCAGCUUGGGAGGCCUGGACUGCCUGCUGGAUCAUAGCACCGGUGUCCUCAACGAGCAUGGCGAGACGGUCUUCGUGUUUGGGGACGCCGGGGUGGGCAAGUCAAUGCUGCUGCAGCGGCUGCAGAGCCUCUGGGCAUCCGGGAGGCUGGCCUCGGCAGCCAAGUUCUUCUUCCACUUCCGCUGCCGCAUGUUCAGCUGCUUCAAGGAGAGCGACACGCUGUGUCUGCAGGACCUGCUCUUCAAACACUUCUGCUACCCAGAGCAGGACCCCGAGGAGGUGUUCUCCUUCCUACUGCGCUUUCCCGAAACGGCUCUCUUCACUUUCGACGGCCUGGAUGAGCUGCACUCGGACUUCGACCUGAGCCGUGUGCCAGACACCUGCUGUCCCUGGGAGCCAGCACACCCUCUGGUCCUGCUGGCCAACCUCCUAAGUGGCAGGCUGCUCAAGGGCGCAGGCAAGCUGCUCACCGCUCGCACGGGCGUGGAGGUCCCCCGCCAGCUCCUUCGCAAAAAGGUGCUGCUCAGGGGCUUCUCCCCGGGCCAUCUGCGUGCCUAUGCCCGCCGGAUGUUCCCCGAGCGCACGGCGCAGGAGCACCUGCUGCAGCAGCUGGAUGCCAACCCCAACCUCUGCAGCCUGUGCGGCGUGCCGCUCUUUUGCUGGAUCAUCUUCCGCUGUUUCCAGCACUUCCACACGGCCUUCGAGGGCUCCUCGCAGCUGCCGGACUGCGCGGUGACCCUGACCGACGUCUUCUUGCUGGUCACUGAGGUGCAUCUAAACAGGACGCAGCCCAUCAGCCUAGUGCAGCGCAACACGCGCAGCCCGGCGGAGACCCUGCGUGCAGGCUGGCGCACGCUGCAGGCGCUGGGCGAGGUGGCGUACCGAGGCACAGACAGGAGCCUCUUUGUGUUUGACCAGGAGGAGGUGCAGGCGUCAAAGCUGGAGGAAGGAGAUCUGCAGCUGGGCUUCCUGCGGGCUUUGCCCGACGUGGGCCCUGAGCAGACUCAGCAGUCCUAUGAAUUUUUCCACCUCACGCUCCAGGCCUUCUUCACUGCCUUCUUUUUGGUGGCGGAUGACAAAGUGGGGACCAGGGAGUUGCUAAGGUUCUUUCGAGAAUGGACAGCUCCUGGGGAGGUAACAAGCAGGUCCUGCUAUCCUUCCUUCUUCUCCCUUCAAUGCCUAGGAGGCGGUAGCCGGUUGGGCCCUGAUCCCUUCAGGAACAAAGACCACUUCCAGUUCACCAACCUAUUUCUGUGUGGGCUGCUGGCCAAGGCCCGGCAAAAACUCCUUGGGCAGUUGGUGCCCAAGACUACCCUAAAGAGGAAGCGCAAGGCCCUGUGGGCUCACCUGUUCGCCAGCCUGCGCUCCUACCUGAAGAGCCUACCCCGGGUCCAGUCUGGAGGCUUUAGCCAGGUGCAUGCCAUGCCCACAUUCCUGUGGAUGCUGCGCUGCAUCUAUGAGACACAGAGCCAGAAGGUGGGGCGCCUGGCCGCCCGGGGCAUCAGUGCUGACUACCUGAAGCUGGCCUUCUGCAACGCCUGUUCCGCCGACUGCAGCGCCCUGUCCUUCGUCCUGCAUCACCUCCACAGACAGCUGGCCCUAGACCUGGACAACAACAACCUCAACGACUAUGGAGUGCAGGAGCUGCAGCCUUGCUUCAGCCGCCUCACGGUCAUCAGACUCAGCGUCAACCAGAUCACUGACACAGGGGUGAAGGUGCUGUGUGAAGAACUGACCAAGUACAAAAUCAUAACAUUCCUGGGUUUGUACAACAACCAGAUCACUGAUAUCGGAGCCAGGUAUGUGGCCCAAAUCCUGGAUGAAUGCAGAGGCCUCACGCACCUUAAACUGGGGAAAAACAGAAUAACAAGUGAGGGCGGCAAGUGUGUAGCUCUGGCUGUGAAGAACAGCACCUCCAUCGUUGACGUUGGGAUGUGGGGCAAUCAGAUUGGUGAUGAAGGGGCAAAGGCCUUCGCAGAGGCAUUGAGGGACCACCCCAGCCUGACAACCCUCAGUCUUGCAUUCAACGGCAUCACCCCAGAGGGAGGGAAGAGCCUUGCACAGGCCCUGAAGCAGAAUACAACUUUGACAAUAUUCUGGCUGACCAAAAAUGAACUUAAUGAUGAGGCAGCAGAAUGCUUCGCCGAGAUGCUGAGAGUCAACCAGACACUGAAGCAUUUAUGGCUUAUCCAGAAUCAUAUCACAGCCAAAGGGACAGCCCAGCUGGCCAGGGCACUUCAGAAGAACACCACCAUCACAGAGAUUUGUCUCAAUGGAAACCUAAUUAAGCCUGAGGAGGCCAAAGCCUUUGAAAACGAGAAGCGGAUCAUCUGUUUCUGAUGGACAUUCCUGUGUGGGAUCUUUGUCCCAGGUUGCUCCUCAGCCACAGAAAGCACUGUGCAGUCAGCAGGGACAUGGUGUGCUGUGAAGGGCCUGCCGCAAGGGGCCUGUCCGGAACCCACACCUCCACAGAGCAAACCAACCUCCCCCGCAGAGGCUGGGACCGGUGGCACCUGAGUCGUGGCCGGGAUUCCUCAGAAGCAGAGUGUCGUCCGAGUCAUUAUCAUCACUCAAAGCCAGCAAGUAUUUUCUAUAUAAGAUUGUCCUGCCUAUCGACAAGUCUGAAGUUGAAGGAAUGAACCAGGAAAGGAGGCCAACCCCAGCUCCCACGGAUGCCCACCUGAAGGAUCCAUGGGACCGAUGUCACCUACAGGAAGGAGCAGGGAACUUAGGCAGAGCCAAUGGCAACUUCUCAGAAAGGAGGCACACCCAGGCCACGUGAUUAUCCUGAAACCUUCUUUCUUUGCUCAGUACCUCCCACUGUACAGACCUGUUUCUUCCUCACAUCUGUGGCUGCUGAAGUAGGCCACUGUGGGGAGGGCUUGUCCCAAAGCCCACAGCGAGCUGGUUGUCAAGGGCUCAUCAUAGACUUUGGUUUCAAUUCUGGCUUCUCCCAGGCUGCAAGCACAAGUCAGAGGAAGGCCUCUAGGUAGGUCUUAGAGGAACUCAAUGCCUUAAGAGUGCCAAGGUCCCACACAAAAUUUUGGAUGGAUAGCUCUACUAUGCGUGCUCCCAGGAGGCAAAAUCUGUUCCCAUCCCCCACAGCAGCAAGCAUGGCUCGCCUCAGUGUCCUGAGAUCUCAAGCAAAAUGCUGUCCCUUGCCUGUGAGCAGGAAGUGCCUUCGUGUCCUCAGCAGUGGGAGUGCGACCGAGCACAGCUUUGACCCGUUGGUAGCUCAGCCAGCAAGGCGUGGCAGACACCCGCCACCACGGUGGGCAUACGGAAAUGCCCAGCAGUGUGGGAUGUUUGGGAAUGUUGUCAGAGAACAUGUUCCUUGGCCACCUCAUUUGUUAAUAAAAUAUUGAAAAAGCU